AUGGCGGCGCGCGGCUCAGCGGACAGCAGCCCCGCAGCCUCCCUCAGCGCCGCCGCCGCCGCAGCCCCGGCCCGGCCGCCCCCGCCGCCGCCCGACCCCCAGGCCUCGGGCCUGCUGCACCUGCCCGACCAGAGCCCGGCCCGCCCCAGCCGGCCGGCCGCCGCCUGCCGCGGCAUCUCGUGGACGCCGGCCGAGACGAACGCGCUGAUCGCCGUGUGGGGCGACGAGCGGCUGCAGGACGUGCUGGAGGGCAACCUGCGCAACUCGCACAUCUUCGACCGCAUCUCGCAGGCCCUGCGGGAGAUGGGCUACGAGCGCAGCGCCAACCAGUGCAAGGAGAGGAUCAAGACUCUAAAGAGGUGUUAUAGCCGAGUAAAGGAGCGAGGCCGUGGGAAGAGAACUUGCAACUACACGUUUCAGCAACUGGAGCAGGUCUUCGGGCGGGUACCUAUGAUGUGGGAGCCUCAUGCCUAUCAGCCGGUCCUGAUUGACAGCAGCGGUUUGUACCAAGACGCUGAAUCAGACACGAGUAACUUGGGCGAGAGCCGCGAUGCCCAGCCAGCGGAGCUGGAGGAUUGGGGAAACCAGAAACCGGAUCUGCAGCUCAACCAGAAACAGGAGUCGCAGAUCUACCAGCACAAUCAGGAUCUCUCCGCCUUCCAGGACUCCGAUGUGGAUAUGGAAGAAAUGAGUUUUGUGAAGAAGAAGCCACAGGUGCGGCGGGACUCUAUGGAACACAUGCAGAAGCCUGAGAUUGUGCAAGCGCUCAUGACUCUGCUGGACUCCAUCCAGCCCAAGUGGCAGGAGUUCCAGUGUUGGGAGGACUUCCCUCAGAUCUCCUCCAGCAAGCUCGGCAUCUUCGGCAUCGGCUACAACACCAGGUGGGUCGAGGACAUCCGGUACCACUGCGCCGAGAUCAGCUCCCACAUGCCGGUGGGGAAAAGGCUAAAGGAAUAUCUGAACCCAGAGAAGGCGGAGGGCAAAGUGAUAGCAGGCAAGCGUCAGAAAAUGAACUGGAAGAGCGUGUUUUACAAAUACUUUGAGAUCACAAAGAGCGAGGCCAGGUGCUUGGAGCUGCACUUUGCUUUCGAGUGGAUACCCAUAGCCCUGUCCCGCGCCGUAGGAGACAGCGUGGUCCAGUAUUUGUUCCCGGGCGGGAUCCCGGACACAAACGGACUGUAUGUGAUCGGCUGCGAAGACGCCGAGGGCGAGGUUUUCACCCCGCGGAGGGAUUACGGGAUCCGGGUGUUGCCCCGGGUCUCGCUGCACCGGGAAUCGGGGGGCGCGGCUGGUCCGUCAGUGCCGGACAAUGAACCAGGCGACCGGAGCGAGAGGAUCCGUUACUGCUACCUGGGAAUGGCGGAGGACAGGACCAUUCGGCAGUGCAUACUGCAGCACUUCCAGCCACCGGUCAAGACUCUGAGCUUGGAGACGGGUGCCAUUAACACCUUCCUCUCCGAGAACUGCCGGGCGGGAGCCAUCUCCAGGUCGAUCUACAUCAAAUUCAUAGAGUAAGCCCUGUAUUUAUUCAUUAACUACCGACAAUUGCUUCACUACCAGACGAAAGUAUUAGGACCAAAUCAUUUCCGGAUCAGGACGCAGGACACAGCUGGAACAGACGCAGGCUGUACUUACGGAGAUAUUUCACCUGUAGCGCAGUACCCAAAAUGACAGAUGUGUGUGUGUGUGUGUGUGUGUGUGUGGGAAUGGGUGAGGUGUUUGGUUUCUGUGCUGCUUUGAGUUAUGGAUAAAUCAUCCACCAUUGAA